CCGGCGGUCGUCCCGCAGCGCGGCGGAGCGGCGCUCGUGCUCGUCGUCCCGUCGCCGGCCGCUAGCGCCCCGGGGACGCCGGAGGGUCGCGGGCAGCCGGGGCGUCCGUCCUUUGUGAGGGAGGGUGCGGGACGGAAUGUGGGCGCCGCGGAGGAGUUUUCUCUCCUGCUGGAACUCCGGGGCGUGUGGACCGACCGGGAGCCAUGGACUGAGGGCGUGAGCGGCGCGGGGCAGUCAUGACUUCUGCCGCCGAGCUUAAGAAGCCACCACUGGCUCCCAAGCCAAAGUUAGUGGGGACAAGUAACAGGCCACCUCCCCCUCCCAUCGCACCUAAACCGGACAUCAUAAAUGCUAGUGUUCCACGGUUAACAAAGAAAACCAAACCGGCCAUUGCGCCAAAACCAAAAGCCCUGACGAACUCAGUUGUUGAAGACAUCAAGCAGUCACCCUCCCAGAAACUCCCUGUGAACCUGGAGGAACGGGGGCCAGAAUUACCCGAAAGCACCGGCAAGUGUAGUUGCCAAGAUGUCGGGGAUCCACACGGUGAUUAUAUUUUCCCAGCGUGUUCCUGCAGUUCUGGGUGCAUUCGUGAACCUGGGAAUGGAGAAAGUCUGUGUGCAAAGCAGCUUGUUCUAGAGCCUCUGGGAAUGAAAGAAAAUGUAGAGAAUCGUCAAAAUGGGGAGUCCUCUUUAGCUGCCAAGAGGAGGAAUGGGUGGGAUUCCAGCGGUGCAAAGGGCCGGAGCCAGAGGGGCGUGAUUUUAAAGGCAGGCAUCUUAGAGGAGAAGCUCAAAGAGGUCUUAACACAACAGCGAUCCCCCUGUAGUUCCCCGAGGAAGCACAGAUCUCCAAACAGCGCAGACAUGAAUGGCGACUCUUGCUGCAGCCGACAGAUCAGAAUUGAAUUUGCAGAUCUGUCCCCUAACCUGUCCAGCUUGGACAAAGUUCCUGCUCAUCCCAGCUGCCACCCACAGCUCCCUAGGGAUAAAUCUCCAAACCUCGAGACUUGUCAAGCUGGCAAGAGCACUAGCCACUCUCAUUCCUGUGAACUGGAGGACACAAAGGUGUCUUCAGAUGGAACUAGUCAGAAGACAGAGGUCACAGAUCUUGGUCCUUUAGAAAUUCGCUUAUUACCUUAUACCUCCAAGUUUCCGACACCCAAGCCCAGAAAGACACGUGCUGCUCGUCUGCUUCGCCAGAAGUACGUAGAUACUCCUAGUGAAAGCCCCGAAGGGCCAGAGGAUUCAGACAAUGGCUCUUCUUGUCUCCUUCAAGAUAGUUUGAAAAACAAUAAAGUCAGUGUUCUGCAUCAGGAUGCUUUGUGUAACCAGGGACAAGUGGACAAAGUGAAGCCAGCGGACCAAAGGGCAUUGCCUAGGGACUCCAAGAGUGACGGACAGGACCCAAUCAACUCCCGGAAAGCUGUGAGUCACGAAACAUCUUCUUUGGAAAAAGUGGCACCUCCUCUAGGUGCAGAUUCCAUUUUGAGUUCUGACAGCACAGCAGACGAUGGUUCUGGAAUGUUACCUGCUGUGGACAAAGAGGCUAGUUUUCUACAGUGCCCUGCUCAGUCUUUGAGCUUGCCUAAGCAAGUCAAAUUAUCCUGCACUGAGCAUCUGCCAACUACCUGUAACGUGGAAUUGUCUGUGCCGCAAAUACAAAAGGAACCUAAAAUUGUUCCCAAGAAACCCCAGAGACACAGCCUGCCUGCUGCUGGGGUGCUUAAGAAGGCUGCUUCUGAGGAACUUGUAGAAAAAAAUUCUUACUCUUCAAGUAAAGAAACAAAUUCGGAGAAAGGCCUACAAAGAAACCACCUUCAGCAUGUGGGUCCCUCAAACCAUGGUAUGUCACCAUCCUCCUUUGAUAAGCCCAACCCGACUUCAGAAAAGCCGGUGUGGAAGUUACCUCAUCCAAUUUUACCCUUUUCAGGGAGCCCAGAAUCCUUGAAGCGGGUCACUUUAUCCUUAAAUAAUGAGCCUUCUAUUUCCCUAACCAAGCCAAGAGCAAAAUCCUUGUCGGCUGUGGACAUGGACAGGUGCGAUAAGCCUUGCAAAGAACCCCCAAAGAAAACUUCUUUUAAGAAGUUGAUUAACGUGAAGCUGUCCAUUGGUUUCAUAAAGAGUGACUUUCAGAAAUUUAGGUCGAAGAGUUGCCAACAGGGGGACGUCACCACAGGCCAUCUGCUCAGUAGAGAGCCGAAAGGGCUUGAAAGGGAUGGGCAAGGUUUGGGGACAGGAGACGAGAAGAGAGGUAAACCCACCAAGGCAUAUUCUGCAGAAAACUGCAGCCUGGAGUCUCAGAAGGUGAAGUCUUGGGGCCAGACCAGUGCAGCUACUGGUCACAGAGCUGAGUCUUUGGACGACCAGCUGCUGUCCAGGAACCCAUCCUGUCCAGUGUCCUACAAGUCCAGUGCGAGUGACUGUGCCCCAGAGUAUGAGAAUGUACGCCAUUAUGAGGAGAUCCCAGAGUAUGAAAAUUUGCCCUUCGUUUUGGCCGGAGGGAAAACUCCAGAGUUGGGGUGGCAGAAUUCCAGCAGUGUGGAGGACACGGAUGCCAACUUGUAUGAAGUAGAGGAGCCCUAUGAUGCUCCAGAUGGCCAGCUGCAACUUGAUCCUAGACACCAGCCUUCCAGUUCUGGAACAUCCCAGGAGGGGCAGGAUGAUCAUCUUGGUCUUGGUGACCUGCCCUCUGAUGAGGAAGUCAUCAGUAGUUCUGAUGAAGAUGAUGUCAGCUCUGAGUCCAGUAAAGGAGAGCCAGACCCGCUGGAAGAUAAACAGGAUGAAGAUGCUGAGAUGAAAAGCAAAGUCCGUCACAUUGCCAAGGAGAUCAUGAGCUCUGAGAAAGUGUUUGUGGAUGUGUUAAAACUUUUGCAUAUUGAUUUCCGGGAUGCGGUAGCCCAUGCAUCCAGGCAACUUGGGAAGCCCGUGAUUGAGGACCGGAUCCUGAACCAGAUCUUGUACUACCUGCCUCAGCUGUAUGAACUCAACCGGGAUCUCCUGAAGGAACUGGAGGAAAGACUGAUGAGCUGGAACGAACAACAAAGGAUUGCCGACAUCUUCGUAAAGAAGGGGCCGUAUUUAAAAAUGUAUUCCACAUACAUCAAAGAGUUUGAUAAGAACAUAGCUCUGCUGGAUGAGCAGUGCAGGAAAAAUCCAGGAUUUGCUGCCGUUGUUAGAGAAUUCGAGAUGAGCCCCCGAUGUGCCAGCCUGGCCCUGAAGCAUUACCUGCUGAAGCCAGUUCAGAGGAUCCCUCAGUACAGGCUGCUGCUGACAGACUAUUUAAAGAACCUCCUAGAAGACUCUGCAGAUCACAGGAACACCCAAGAUGCCCUAGCUGUUGUCAUAGAGGUAGCCAACCAUGCCAACGACACCAUGAAGCAAGGGGACAACUUUCAGAAGCUUAUGCAAAUUCAAUACAGCUUAAGCGGACACCAUGAAAUUGUGCAGCCUGGGCGGGUGUUUCUCAAGGAAGGCACUCUGAUGAAGCUGUCUCGGAAGGUCAUGCAGCCCCGAAUGUUUUUCCUGUUUAACGAUGCCCUGCUGUAUACAACACCCGUGCAGUCUGGGAUGUACAAACUGAACAACAUGCUCUCCCUGGCCGGGAUGAAGGUCAGAAAACCCACCCAAGAAGCAUAUCAGAAUGAAUUAAAGAUUGAAAGUGUGGAACGUUCUUUCAUCCUCUCAGCCAGUUCUGCCACAGAAAGAGAUGACUGGCUGGAGGCCAUAUCCAGGGCAAUAGAAGAGUACGCCAAGAAGAAGAUCACCUUCUGCCCCAGCCGGAGCCUUGAUGAGGACUCAGACAAGAAAGAGGAAGUCAGUCCCCUUGGGUCAAAGGCUCCCAUCUGGAUUCCUGACACCAGAGCCACCAUGUGUAUGAUUUGCACAAGUGAAUUUACCCUGACCUGGAGAAGACAUCACUGCAGGGCCUGUGGGAAGAUCGUGUGCCAAGCCUGCUCGUCAAAUAAGUAUGGCUUAGAUUACCUGAAAAGGCAACCGGCAAGAGUGUGUGAACACUGCUUCCAAGAACUGCAGAAAUUAGAUCGCCAGCUGCCACCUAGGAUUGGAUCUCCUGGGAAUCACAAGUCCCCCUCAAGUGCCUUGUCCUCAGUCCUGCACAGUAUCCCAUCGGGGAGGAAACAGAAGAAAAUCCCAGCUGCUCUCAAGGAAGUGUCAGCAAACACUGAAGACUCUACCAUGAGUGGCUACCUCUACAGAUCCAAGGGCAGCAAAAAACCCUGGAAACACUUAUGGUUCGUCAUCAAAAACAAAGUACUCUAUACAUACGCCGCAAGCGAGGAUGUGGCAGCUUUGGAGAGUCAGCCUUUAUUAGGAUUUACCGUCACGCAAGUCAAAGACGAGACUUCAGAGUCCAAAGUGUUUCAGUUACUGCACAAAGGCAUGGUGUUUUAUGUAUUUAAGGCAGAUGAUGCCCACUCCACCCAGAAGUGGAUAGAAGCAUUUCAGGAGGGCACAAUAUUGUAGCGAGCAGUAUUGGCUUCAUUUCUUCUGUGAUUCCGACAAGGUGGAGGCUCAGCUCAGCAGAACGGAGCAACAGCUAUUCAGAAGGCGUGUAAAAGUGAACACUGCCAAGAUAAAUCCACCCACGGCCAUUAGGAGACAAACUGUUUUGUUAGGUAUAUACAGUCUUAAAAAUGUUUUUCAUGUAUGUUAUUUAUUAAAAUGCUGAUGUUUACUUGCUGGUCAAGAUUGUGUCUGAGACUCACACUGAAUUCUAAAGUACUGUUUAGAGACUCAAACUUACCUUAAUACUGUAUACCGAACACUAUUGACGUACCGUCCACACUGUUGUCUCUGCCUUGCAUUACGACACUUUCGCUGUUGGGAAGUCUUUGCAAGUAAAACACACACAUUAAGUAGCACGUGUCCGUACACCGUUUGGUGUAGAAAUUACAAUUACCAAAUUGCUGGUGAAAACGCCUAUUUUUGAAUCACUAAACCUAGAUGAGAUUUUUUGAUACUGCAGUAGAGAUCCACAUAGCCAGCGUCUACCUCAGUAACUGUACUGAUCACUGUGUCCCCAGCCUCACCCCCAGCCCCAUAGGAUCUUGCUAAUUGCCAGGCUGGCCUCGAACUAACUAACUGUGUAGCUCAGGCAGACCUUGAGCAGCCUUCCGCCUCAGCCUCUGAGCGACUGGGUUAAAGGCCAGCACCACCAUGCCGGGUCUUAAUUGAAAACUGCCAGUUCAGUGUAAAUAUGAUUGUUUUUCCCCCUUGGUUUUCUGAGGCAGAGGCUCACUCCGGAGUCCAGGCUGGCCUGGGACUCACCUGCUUGCUUCUCAAGUGCUAGGAUUACAUAUGUGUGCCACCAAGCUUGAUUAAAUAACAGAAUAUGGCAGGUGACAUGCUCCCCAAUAUCCCCUGCUAGUCUUAAGGGUUCAGAGCCCAAGUCAUUGGUGAUAUUUAUAUCUAAAAGGAUGUCAUAUUUUCUGUAACAUGUAUUUUAAAAGUGAUCUGGAAUCACUGUGUUUUUAAGGAAAUUUUAUGCCGCUUUGCUUUGUUGCCCUUGACUUUUAAAAUUCACUCUUCCGUGCAGCCCAGGCUGCCCUCACCCAUCGUCCUGCCUCAGCCUCCCGUGUACGGGGAGUAUAGAUGUAUGCUACCACACCAGACUCUGCCAGUCAGCAUCCCUCUUAGGAAAGGUUCAUAGUCUUCAUUCUGACGCACUUACUGUUUAACCUGUAAAUCCCCUGGCACAUAACGUUGUUGAUUGUGCUUAAAAUUGUUUUACUGUUUAAAUAUUUUGUUGACUGAGUUUAAACCAUCAGCUAAAAGGCAAAGGUUAUCCAUAAAAUACUAAAGGAUGCAAGAGUUUUCUGCUUCUUUAUAUAUGAUUUUAAUUUAGUGUGAGGUCAGGAGUUGAGAAUUAUACCCUGGAUACUAUGUUUUCGUCUUGAACACUUUCAUGAGGCCUUCUGGAUGCCGCUUGCUACAGGUAAAGCAGACCUGAGGUAGCAGGUGCAGUUUUUCUUGGCUGCUUCCGGCUGUGGCCUGAUUUGAAGCCCUGUGCAGUCCCACACAACCCUGCAUGCAGCCUUCCUCGCCGCUGGAGGUCAGUCCAUUCUUUGAAACUCCUUUUAAUUGGGUCAUAUAAAUGUUUCCCAUGUAGACAGAGGUGGAAUGUGUGUAGUGUAUUCCUUUUGGAGACCAGGGUUAUUUAUCCUUUAUAUUUCCACCUUUUGUCCUCUUUGAAUUCUCAGCCUCUGAGACGUGCUCAUGAGCCACAAAAAGUCUGAGAAGUAUUAGCCAGUAUUCUGAAUCAAGAAACUCUUCAGAAUCUAAAUACAUGUGGAGAGAAAUUCGCACACAGAGUAAUUCCUGUGUACAUGAUUAUAAUUGCUAAUUUCUUAGUCUAUGGAAAGUUUUGGGAAAGACACUAUGCAAGCUCUCAGAUAGUGCCCCCCCAUAAAAAUAUUCUAAUGUGGUCCCUCCUUGAUCCCUUUAUAACCUAGUAAAAAUGGUCAAUAAUUUAUUUAACAUGGCUCAUUCCAUGGCAAAUAAGAAUGUAUUUAUAAUUUGCUAUAAAACUACUUUUAAAAAUAUUACCAAACCCAGAGUCUCUAAGCAGACACUGUACCCAUAAGCUACCUCCAUUGCUGACAUUUAAGAGUGGACAAUACCAGCGUAGUCUAGAUAUGGGGAACAUCUCAGUUCUGGAUCCCGGGAGUGUUGCUCAUUAUACAUACAUGCCGUCAAAACCUUGCUCAGGUGUCUCCUAAGCUCAGCUAGAGAGUAACCCUAGACAAGAUGGCAGGCUGAGCCAGGAGAGGUGAUCUUCUCAGUGGCCCUCAGCAUGUCCUAAGAGAAUGAAAAGGGCCAUUCCUUUCCAUUACUCCAUGUUUCUGAACCUCUUUCCAUUUUCUGAUGAACGAGUACUGUUCUGUUUUCCCUGAUGGCCCGAGUUUUCUCCAGUAAGAAGCUUGAUUCUUUAUUUACUAACAUUUAAAAAAAAAAAAUGAAGUCAGAGGACAGCAACUCAGAAGUAUGCUUUUCUUAGCAACCUAUGUAGUAGUCCCCGUAUGAAUGGAGGAAGCCUUUUAUUUGAGGACCUAAUGUAAUCAUCACAGCGUGGGGAUAUAUGUGCCUUGAAUGUGCUUCCACUGAGCUCAUGGCAGUCAAAUUGCUGGAAUUUCCCGAGGGAAAUCCUAUCUCAUUGUACUGUAUGAUCCUUAAGGAUAGAUACUGUAUUUCUUCUAUCCAUUUCUCCUGAAUCUUCAGAUCUUCAUUUGAAAACAGUGAGGACAGGAUUCCCCAGGUGUUUUGAGUAAGACUUGCAGUGUUUUUCUCAAGACAGCUCCUCUGCCUCGUCUCAGUCUUUUCCCUUCCUCGGGACAAUUUCAGCUACCACUGAAAUAGCGUCCAAAGCCUGUAUUCUAACUGGGAUCUUAGGCCCACGCUCCCCGCAUCCCGCAAGGCCACAUGGGUGGCAUGGCUAACACUCGCUUUCCUCCUAUUCAAGCCUGUUUUCUUGUGCAGUAAAAGGACAACAGAUGGGGCCCUAGAAUCUGACUUGAGUCUCUCAUGUCCCUUCCAGCCUCAUCUUCCUGCCGUUAUAUCUCCCUUAGGGUUGCUGCAGCUUUCCGUCUGAGCUGGGGGCACAGGGCAGUUACAUGCCACUUGCCUCCUAUAUAUGAGGCCCGGGGUUCAAUCCCUUAUCUAGAAAAACCAUUUUUCUUUUUCUGAUUCCAGUGCCUCCUUUGUGUGAUCUGUUUUAAACCUUGCCAAAGCAAUGUGCCUAAAGCAGACUUCUAAUUUAAUUCCUAUUCCUGAAGAUGUCAGUGGCAUUCCCAGUUUGACAUAGAACAGUGCCUCUGAUCCCAUACACUCCAAGUGAACUCACUUCAGCAUUUCUUCCUUCGAAGUUUCCAUUGUUCUCCUGUCAAUCAACGCGGCUCUGCUUCCUUGUUAUCUGACACUUGACUGUGAUGGGGUCCUUUGCUCCUCCUCUCCCUUAGAAUAGCUGUGUUCUUUCCUGUGUUCCUGGAAUCGUUUUCCUGUGCUCCUGUUCAUAAACAGACCUCCAUCAUUCUUACCACGUUCCGUACUUGAAUACAGCUUACCUUGUUCGCUGGGGGUUUACCACAUCUAGGAAGAAAUGCCUUACAUGCAGUGGAUAAAUGCUUGCUUGUUCAGUAUCUUCUAUGGGUCCCUAAAACGUAUCUUCAGUACACAUACUCUGGAGUCUGUGCCACUUUCAAUGUCAUUUUCUAAAUGGAAAUCUCUGGGGUUUUUCCCUUACAAGAAAGGUUAGUUCACUCGAGGAAAGAAUCUUAAGAAGGAAAACAAGUUUAUGUACCACACUGCAAAAAACAGCAGUGGCCCUGACAGUGAACCUGCCUGCUAGGGGGAAAAACAAAAAAAACUUAAGUAUGAAAAUAUUCUUUUUCCUUUGGGGUGAGGAGUAGAAGGAGACAACAUUCCCUUUCAUAGAAUUACUUGCUGCAUGUAAGAACCAGUUUCAAAAAUACUUUUUAAAUGACUUUUAAUGUUUUUCUCAAAACUGUUUUUUACUUAAAGGGAUAAUGGUUUGUAUCUUACUGUUCAUAUAAAGAUCAUUUAUAAAUAAAAAUAGCAUUGUAAAUAAUGUUAAUAUGUAUUAUAAUUUAUACAGAAUAAAUUUACUAUAAUAUCUA